AGGCGCUCUGCUGAUGACACGUGAUUGUUACGUCACCAUGUAGGAAGCUGCGACCUGUAAUUAAAUGUUUCUCUGGCACAAUUUGGACGUAUUUUAUCGAUAAUGUAAAUUAACAAAAAUGUUUUCCGAGAUUGGGCCUUUAUUCUGUCUAUUUGGUCGACAUUGAGUUACUUCGGUUACCCGUUUCCCGGUAUUCGCCAGAGCUACGCAAUGGCAUCUUCAACAUACACCUGCAUCAGCGACACAGAGAAGGACCGAUUGUUCGCCUCCCUUACGAGCUAUGGUUCGGCCGGGGGUUCGAACCCGGGACCCUCAGACCCGGGCCCGCAGGAGGAGGAGGAGGCGCUGAGGAGGAAACUCAAGUACUUCUUCAUGAGCCCCUGUGAUAAAUACCACGCCAAGGGACGGAAGCCCUUCAAACUGGGCCUGCAGCUGCUGAAGAUUAUCAUCGUCACCGUGCAGCUGGUCCUGUUCGGGCUCAGUAACCAGAUGGUGGUGACCUUCAAGGAGGAGAACACGGAUUCCUUCAGGCACUUGUUCCUCAGGGACUACCAGGAGGGGGUCCAGCAGGCCAUUUACACCCAGCAGGACCUGUACGGGGUCAUCCACCACACGCUGGACCAGUACCUGCUGCUCCCCCAGACCUCCCUGGGGCGCUACGCCUACGUCCCGGGGACGGGCGUCAACGGCAGCGCUCUGUCCCUCUGUCAGCGCUUCUUCCUCCGGGGCAGCAUCGAGCCCGCCAACGACACCUUUGACAUCGACCCCCGCGUGGCCACCGAGUGUAUCGGACUGGACCCGCCCUCACCAGGCUCCCCUCAGGGGAACCAGGACUACAAGAACUUCACCCUCAAGAUCCACAAGCUGAUCAACGUCACCAUAGACUUCCAGCUGAAGGCCAUCAACAUCCAGACCAUAAUAAACAACGAGAUCCCAGACUGCUACACGUUCUACAUCACAAUCCUCCUGGACAACAAAGCUCACAGUGGGCGGGUGAAGGUCAGCCUCCAGAACCGAGCCUCCAUCACUGAGUGCCGGGACCCCAACGUCUCGGGACACGCGGACAGCUAUGCCCGGGAGGUGUUUGACGUCCUGGUGGCGGUGGUGUGUCUGCUGUCCCUGGUGCUGUGUGGUCGCUCCAUCCUGAGGGGGGUCUUCCUGCAGCACGAGUACGUGGGGUUUGUGCAGCGGCGGACGGGCCGGCGGGCGAGCUGGGGGGACAGGAUGGAGUUCAUCAACGGCUGGUACCUCCUCCUCAUCGUCAGCGACCUCUUCACCAUCACCGGCAGCUUCAUCAAGAUCGCCAUCGAGUCCAAGAGCAUCUCGUCGUACGACGUGUGUGGCAUCCUGCUGGGCACCUCCACCCUGUUGGUGUGGGUCGGCGUCAUCCGCUACCUCAGUUUCUUCCAGAAGUACAACAUCCUGAUCGUGACGCUCCGAGCGGCGUUCCCCAACGUCAUCCGGUUCUGCUGCUGCGCCGCCGCCAUCUACCUGGGCUACUGCUUCUGUGGCUGGAUCGUCCUGGGGCCCUAUCACACCAAGUUCCGCUCCUUGUCCAUGGUGUCGGAGUGUCUCUUCUCGCUGAUCAACGGCGACGACAUGUUCGUGACGUUCUCGGAGAUGGAGCGCAGCAGCACGCUGGUGUGGGUGUUCAGCCAGGUCUACCUCUACUCCUUCAUCUCCCUCUUCAUCUACAUGGUGCUGUCGCUCUUCAUCGCCCUGAUCACCGGAGCCUACGACACUAUCAUGGCACAGACCCAGGAGCAGGUGCUAGUGAGCGAGCUGCGGGACUUCAUCGCGGCGUGCGCGGACACGCCCACCUCUGGAAACUUCCACGAACCGGAAGGAUCGUCGUGCUCCUUCCUCUGCUGCUGCGACUGAGGAGGAGGAGGAGACGCAGAGCGGGAACCAUCCUGUCUCCAUGGCGAUCGGGCUGACCUUGCGCCAAACUCCCCGUGGUUACCAAGGUUACAACACUUACAUUUUUAACUCCUUCAGAGACCCCGGCCGGUCUGCUGAGGGGCUCGAAGACGCUCGGAGAGUCUCUCCAUAAGUCUCCUUCAGGCUCUACCAGACGACCGUUCGGCCUCAGAGUUUCUUAGUUUACAUUUGAAUCCCGUUAUUUUAAUAUAUUUAUUUUGAAAUUACAGAUGAGUCGGUUUUUAUCCAUCCCUCCAUGUGGUUGCCUCGGUAACUGUCGCAUAUUGAUAUUUAUUGGUGUAAAUACAUUACAUUACGUACGUUAACACACACACACACACAUACACACGCACGCACACAGACACACGCAUUUAUACAUUAUGAAAUAUGCAUAGCUGGGAUAUGCAUAUUUGAUGUCUGCUGUGUUCCUGUCCUCCGGGGGGCCGGGGGGAUGGGGUGAGAGGAGGUCCCCCACUAAGUCUUCAUUAAUAUUGAGUCCCCCCCCCCCCGGUAAUGAGAACAGGGAGGCUAAACGCUCACGCUAAUGCACUCCUAGCUCUGGGUUCCCACCGCAGCACAAGUUUGCACACAUUCCUUCUGGAAAACUGAAGGAAAAGACCUUGAAGAAUUCCAUUAAAGGAAUAGUCAAGGCUAAAACACUUUGAUAUUGUUAUGAUGUGUAUAUUGGGGAUGAAUAGGAAACAAAGGUCGUAUUUUACUGUUUAGUGUAGUUUGGCGGUUUGGGAGAGUUUUCUCAAUCUCAAACUGGCGUUCAGUUUAGCCUGGCCUACAUCUAGGCUUAACAGCGGCUAGUUUUAGCUGAGCCAGUGUGUGGCAACUGAUGCUGAUGCAAACUGAUGCUUGUGUGUGGCAGAAUACACCACUGGCUAAGCUAAAGCUAGCCAUGCGCCAAACUCCCCUACAGCCAUGCUGUAGGCCAAACCGGCGGUCCCAGCUGAGACUCUCAUCAGGAGGGAGGAGGGAAGGCCUGGUCGCCCGUGGGCCUUAUGGUAUCAUAGCACCCUGCUGAAUGUCUAGCUAGCUCUCAGAAUUAAUAAUACAAAAUACAUUUGAUUAAUUUUACUGAAUAUACAAACGUACAAUUUACAGAAUGUCACCUCCUCAUGUUGAGAAGGCAUAGUGUGGCAUUCUGGGUAAUGUAAGAAAUGGGUUCACUGGAGCAGAGAAGGACAGGAUGUAUGUCACCACGCCGAUAACAACAGAAGUACAAUUUGACACAAACCUGGAUAACCUUCCAUGGAAUGAAUAUGACAGCUGUUUAAUAACAAUGUCAGAGUGUUUAAGGCUGGAGUUUUCCUUCAAUAUGAUGAUGAGUAUUAAUAUUUAUGUAUUUAUGCAUUUUAUUUUGGUGACUGUUGAUUUCGCAUUGAAGCCAAGUUGUGAGGACAGCUGCUUGUUUGUUCUUAAUGGUGAAAAAAUAAAUCACUCUGGAAUACAAGGUACUCUUGACAUUAUGUGCUUUUUUUUCUUCUGAAAUGUUUUGCAAAAUAUCAAUAGGGAAUUUAAAGCUUCUAUCUAGUCUUAGCUAUUAGUGAGUUAAAUGCAAUGUUAAUAACUGUUCUGAGGCAUCUGUCCUUGUUUGAGAUUUGUUUUAAGAUUUUAAAGUUGUUUUUUUUACCAAUCAGGGCAUCUCUUCCCUGAUUAGUUCAGGGAAUCCAUCGUGCACGUCAAUAACAGGUGUGGUAAUCUACACUUCACAAUGGCGGCUAAAUGUUUUUCCUCUUCUUGCUCUCUCUUAAAGUUUACAGCUCUCAAAUCUUUACACCAGCUUUAAAUGUUAACUCUUCAGUUUAAUUUUAAUUAUAUGUAUACCGUUUUACUUGAAGUAUUAAUUAAAUGCUCUGUCAGUAUUUAUGAAUGUACUACCAUUAAACUAAGUAUAGGAAGGUAAUGCAGCUUUUACCUUGAAAACACAUCCUUUUUUUAUGAUUUUUAUUAAAUAAUGUUGUUAUUUUUGCCUCACUGGCACAAUAUGCAGGACUAAAUGCUGGGUAAUGUGUAGGCCUAUUUAUAUAUAGUUCCAAAAAAACCACUGCUUUGCAUAUAACAAUGAAUGGUUGUAAUAAAUUC